UUCACCAGAAUGACAAACACAAAGGGAAAGAGGAGAGGCACCCGAUACAUGUUCUCUAGGCCUUUCAGAAAACCUGGAGUUGUUCCUUUGGCCACAUAUAUGCGAAUCUACAAGAAAGGUGAUAUUGUAGACAUCAAGGGAAUGGGUACUGUUCAAAAAGGCAUGCCACACAAAUGUUACCAUGGCAAAACUGGAAGAGUUUACAAUGUUACCCAGCAUGCUGUUGGCAUUGUUGUAAACAAACAAGUUAAGGGCAAGAUCCUCGCGAAGAGGAUUAAUGUUGGUAUUGAGCAUAUUAAGCACUCUAAGAGCCAAGAUAGCUUCCUGAAAAGUGUGAAGGAAAAUGAUCAGAAAAAGAAGGAAGCCAAAGAGAAAGUUACCUGGGUUCAACUGAAGCGCCAGCCUGCGCCACCCCGAGAAGCCCACUUUGUGAGAACUAAUGGAAAGGAGCCUGAGCUCCUGGAACCCAUUCCCUAUGAAUUCAUGGCAUAAUAAGCAUAUAACAUAGCACACAGGAGUACUAGUGGACCCAUGUUUUUAGGAGCAAGAACCUAUUUAUUCCCCAUGAGCUCAUGGCAUAAUAUGUGUACAGCAGGGGCACACAGGAUAA